AGGUCGCGGACCAGAUCAAGCACCAUUUCCAGGCGAUCGACGGCCUGUACUCGCGUGUGGACGGCGUCGAACAGGCGCACAGCGAUCUCCUGCAGGCUGUUGACCCGCUCUUGCCGAGGAUUGACGCCCUCGAGAAGCGCCAGGGCGAGCUCGCCGAAGAGACCCAGCAGGUGGUGGGCCCGCUGCUGCCGAGGAUGGACGCCCUGGAGAGGCGCCAGGGCGAGAUCGCCGUGGCGACGAUCAGCUCCCAGCAGGCGACCGCACCGCUCCUGGAGAGGGUAGGCGCUCUGGAGAAGCGCCAGGGCGAGAUCGCCGAAGAGGCCCAGGCGACGGAGCCUCUCUUGCCGAGGAUCGAUGCCCUGGAGAAGCGCCAGGGCGAGAUCGCCGAAGAGGCGAAGCGGUUGGUGGACCCACUCCUGCCGAGGAUCGAUUUCUUGGAGAAGCGCCAGGGCGAGAUCGUCGAAGAGGCCCAGGCGGUGGACCACCUCCUGCCCAGGAUUGACGCCCUCGAGAAGCGCCAGUGCGAGCUCGCCGACGAGGCUAAGCAGUUGGUGGACCCUCUCCUGCCGAGGAUCGAUUCUCUGGAGAGGCGCCAGGGCGAGCUCGCUGAAGAGGUUCAGGCGGCCAACCCGCUCUUGCCGAGGAUUGACGCCCUCGAGAAGCGCCAGGGCGAGCUCGCCGAAGAGACCCAGCAGGUGGUGGGCCCGCUGCUGCCGAGAAUGGACGCCCUGGAGAAGCGCCAGGGCGAGACCGCUGAAGAGGCGGCCAGUGCGCGCGAGGACGCCAGGGGCGAGGCGGAGGCGCUGCGGCAGAGGG